CCUCACAAUAAGCAACACCAGUUCAAUCUCUCUCACGCAGUCAUCAUCAUGGGCAACUGGGUGGAAAACGAGGGACUCUCCAUAUUUGUCAUUUUAGUAUGGCUGGGUUUAAAUGUCUUCCUCUUCUGGUGGUACUACCUAGUAUAUGACCUUGGGCCACAGUUCUACUAUACAAGAGAACUUCUUGGGCCAUACCUGGCAUUGGCCCGGGCACCUGCAGCAUGCCUGAAUUUCAACUGCAUGCUGGUUCUGCUUCCAGUAUGUCGAAAUCUGCUCUCUUUCCUCAGAGGCUCAAGUGCGUGCUGCUCAGUGCGUGUCAGAAGACAGCUGGACAGGAACCUCACAUUUCACAAACUGGUGGCCUGGAUGAUUGCACUCCAUACUACAAUCCACACAAUUGCACACUUAUUUAAUGUUGAAAGGUUGGUUGAUGCACGUAAUGAAAAGGAACAGAACAUCCAGGCUGUGCUGUCUAAUUUGGGCGAUCGUGAAGGAGAAUCCUACCUGAAUUUUGCCCGAAAGAAACUUAUGAACCCUGAGGGAGGUCUCUAUGUAGCAUUUACGACCUUGGCAGGUCUCACUGGUGUCAUCAUCACAUUGUGUCUCAUAUUAAUAAUCACAUCAUCUACUAAAACAAUUCGAAGAUCAUACUUUGAAGUAUUUUGGUUCACCCAUCAUCUGUUUGUUAUCUUUUUUGCUGGUCUUGUCAUCCAUGGAGCUGGACGGAUUGUACGUGGACAGACAAGGAGUAGUUUGAAGGUGCAUGAUCCAAAAAUCUGUGCCAGGAAUUACACCAAUUGGGGGACACUGGACUCUUGUCCUAUACCACAGUUUGCUGGAAAUCCUCCUAUGACAUGGAAAUGGGUGGUGGGGCCUAUGAUUCUAUAUGUGUUGGAGAGGCUGGUGCGCUUUUGGAGAUCACAGCAAAAGGUUGUUAUCACAAAGGUUGUCACCCAUCCUUUCCAAACUUUUGAACUCCAGAUGAAGAAAAAGGGCUUUAAGAUGGAAGUGGGACAAUACAUUUUUGUCAAAUGCCCUGCAGUGUCCAUGCUGGAAUGGCAUCCUUUCACGUUGACUUCUGCUCCUGAAGAGGAUUAUUUCAGCAUACACAUACGUGUUGUAGGGGACUGGACAGAUGGGUUGUGUAAAGCUUGUGGAUGUGAUAAGGAACAAUUCCAAGAUGCCUGGAAACUGCCUAAAAUAGCUGUAGAUGGCCCCUUUGGUACUGCUAGUGAAGAUGUAUUCAGUUAUGAAACCGUGAUGUUGGUUGGAGCUGGCAUUGGGGUUACCCCUUUUGCAUCAGUCCUCAAGUCUGUGUGGUACAAAUACUGCAAUGAUGCCAUUAACCUCAAACUCAAAAAGAUCUAUUUUUAUUGGCUCUGCAGAGACACUCAUGCCUUUGAAUGGUUUGCCGAUCUCUUACAAUCACUGGAGACUCAAAUGCAGGAAAAGAAUAAUGCAGACUUUCUCAGCUACAAUAUCUAUCUUACUGGCUGGGAUGAAUCUCAGGCUACUCAUUUCACAGUGCAUCAUGAGGAAGAAAAAGAUGUGAUUACAGGCUUGAAACAGAAAACCUUGUACGGAAGACCAAACUGGGAAAAUGAGUUCAAAACAAUUGGAAGUCGGCAUGCAAGUUCCAGGAUUGGUGUUUUCCUGUGUGGCCCUGAAGCCUUGGCUGAUACCUUAAAUAAAAUGUGUAUUAGCAAUUCAGAUGCUGACCCACGAGGAGUACACUUCAUAUUCAACAAAGAAAAUUUCUGAACUUACCUGUGUCAUAACGGGGGGGGGGGGGGGGAAGAAAAGCUACAUUUUAUUUGUAUGUAUGUAUGCAUGUACAUGUAGAGUUCAAACACAACAGAGCUUACAUUUGCUGUUGUAAACAUCCUCUGUACUAGAAUUUUACAAAGUGUUCCAGAUAUGCUUGCAUUGCUUCUGCAUCUGGUACAGCUCUGCCAAAAUAUUUUUUAAAAACUUACUUCAAUUUAAAUUGUUUUGGAUUGCGUGCACACACACGCACACACUUAACUCAAUGGGACUUACUUUUGAGCCAAAACACACAAGCUGCAUGUUUAAUUUCACAUUUCUAUCAUCCAUCAUGAACUCUUUGGGUUGUACAAAAUUAUCUGUUGAACCUGAGGACACCUCUAUCUGGUUAUGCAGAUAAUCCUUAAGAAGCCAAAAUCUGGCACUCAUUUUCAAAUGCUUUAAUGAUCACUUUGAAAUCUCGCCUGCUCUUUUACACACACUUUUCAGUUAGAAUAGAGAAAGCUAUUCCUUCAUUGGCCUGCCUCCCGCAGUGGCCCAAACUGGGGUUGCCUGGUCAGGUUUGUUCCAUACCCUGUGAUUUCAAUACCAAAAAUUGAGCUGAAGGUAUGAUCUCCUCCUAGGAAGUCAUGGGAGGUCAGAUAUGGAAAAUAUUAAAAGGAAGUGAUGUCAUUAAGCAUCAGAACACAACAAAAACAUUUUUGAUAUUUGAAAACUACAGUAACAAAUACUGCAACUUCAAGCAACAGCCUUACAUGUCUGCUACAAUGCUAUUAAAUAAAAUAGUUCUAAGAUAAAAUACUAUGUUUCAAACAACAAGCUUGAUCUUGUUUCAAAGAAGGGAGGGAUGAAGUAAGAGACAGAUUUAGAAAAAAUCAGGUCUACUCCAUUCAGCAAGGUAAUGACAACGCUACAACUUCGUGCAAAGGCAAUUUCACUCUCUUCCUCUGACACCCCAUUUUCGUGUAUGUGUGUGUGUGUUUUCAAAUCAACUGUCGGCUUAUGGUUACCCCAUGAUUACAUAGGGUUUCUUAGGCAAAAUACUCAGAAAUAUAGUUCCUUUCUCAGAAAGGAACCAGAAAGCCAGUUUCUUCCUCAGAAAUAUAGCCAACAGUACCUGGUAUUUGUUGGCUGUCUCCUAUCCAAGUACUAACCCUACUUAGCUUCCAAGAUCAUUUCCCAACACUUUAGUUGUUCAUAAGAAAGAAAGAAUGAUUGCUGUAAUGUGAUAUAUGAUGCUUUGAUUAUAAGUGCAUUAAAUCAGA